AUGGUAGAUCACAGUCUCUUUGAAAGGUAUGAUUUGCUCAAUCGGAACUACACGGGAGAACGGCCGCAGCUGGGUCCGGGUGUGAAGUGCGUACAGUGCGACGGCUGUGAUCGUGUAAUCACGUUCGCCGUGUUCCACAGCGAGUACGAAGGCGGCGUGGAUGUAUGCAACAUGUGCCGUGUGGCUGCCGAGCAAAGUGCAGGCGGGUACGUGCAGUGCACAGAUCGAAGACGGCGUCUUUGCUUUGCGAAUCACCCGUUGUGUUUUGUUGGCCCCGCUCCGCUGCCCAAAGGCUACGAGUUGGACAAGGACGAGAUUGACGUGGAGCACGACCCCGGGCUGCUGGCGAGGCGCUUCAAGAGGUCUGUUGACGUUGUCGCCCGCCGCGGCCUUGGUCGUUCAAGGAAGCGGCUGCGUGGACGACGCCGCGAAGGUAGCGGAAGUAAAAAAAACGAAAAGAAGGAUGGUAACGAGGACUGGUCGACGGCGAAGAGGUCGAGGCGAGGCGUUGGCGGAGGCGUGGCAGCUGUGACGAUGGCCGCCGGUGCUGCUGCGGCUGCUGCUGCUGUCGUUUCCGCUUCCGCUUCCGAUGUGGCGGCGGCGGUGGCAACGAUGACGCCAGAAAAAGCAGCACCACAAGUGACAGCAGCACAAGCCUCGCCAUUGCCGCCGCGGGAGGAGCCGAAAUUGGAAGCAUCGCCACCUGCAGUUGUUACCGAGUCGAAAGGGGAGAAUGGUGCAACGCAUAAGGAGCAACCGCAGAGUCCAGCAGGGAGUAAUAAAGACUCCGCACGGCGGAUGAAGUGGGAACGCGUGGUAAACAGUCCAGUGGCGAGGUUUUUUCUCCAAAUUGAGCCCCGCACCAAAAGGACCGCCGAACUCCCAGCAUCCAUGGUCUACCAGCCGCUAUGCGUAUUCGACCACGAUAGCAUUCAAGAGUUUUCCGUUGCCCCGAACAGGAGUUGCCGAACCACCCGUGGGUUUGUAGGCUUCACUUCCUGCAGCAGUGUUCUCUGUGUGCGCAUCGUUCCAACGAUGCCUGAAGUGGGUCUGUGGUUUUCAGUGAUGUGCGAGGAGGAUUGCUGCACGCGGCUUCACAUAUGGCAUUGCUCUCCUAAAGCAAGCGCCACUGCCUCUUCUUUCCUCAGUCUCAGCGAUGCUGCGCCUCCAGUACGCAGGUACGUUGUGCAUGUGGGACGAAACGUGGCAGUGUCGAUGGAUUGGCUCCCUGUUCCCUUACAUCGAACGGACAACAACAAGUUGGGUCUCUGCACGUUUAUCCGUGGGAAGUACUUGGUCUCGACGGUUCUUCCCCGCGAUGUAGUUGCUGAGAACUCAGCGGCUGUAACGCGUGGCGGCGGCAACGGUGGUGCUGAUGGCGCUGGCCGCAGGAGUGGUCGUUGCGUCCACGUGGCUGCGGAGGUGUGUGGUGCGACUCUGCUGAAGCGUGAAAUCGAACUUGUGGAGAUUCGGUGGAGCUCCAACGCCACUUCUCUCGCCGGGACGUUUCUCUUUGCGAUUGGCCGCUGCACCUCGGUGGUGGUGCUUCAGCCCACCGGCGACACACACUCGGGUAAGUUGAUGUUGCAAGUGGUGCAUUACAUUGAAGCAAAGGGCGUCGUGGCGUCUCCACCGUUUUUGCCGUUCCUCCCAUUGCUGGGUGGUGCGCGCGUA